AUGUCUCAAUCUCUCAAUUUAUUCAUUUCUUCUUCCCGUUCCCCAAAUUUCGCAAUUUCACAACAACUUCACUCAAAACCCUCACUUUUCACUUCUAUUUCCCCAUUUCCGGUAAAAUUUUCCGUACGGACACCAAUCAGAGCCUCAGUUUCGGAUCUAGAUUCCGAUUCAUUGGCUCCGGUCUUAGUUUCCGAUAACGGCUUGACCGGAGGAAGUUUAUCUUGUGCGAAGCAAGACUACGUUACGCUCGCAUCCGCUGAUUCGAGUUCAAUUGAGGUGGAUACUGUUACGGAAGCAGAGUUAAAAGAGAACGGGUUUCGAAGCACUCGGAGAACGAAGCUGGUGUGCACUAUAGGGCCUGCAACGUGCGGCUUCGAGCAAUUGGAGGCUUUGGCGGUGGGAGGGAUGAACGUGGCUCGGAUCAACAUGUGCCACGGCACGCGCGAGUGGCAUCAGACAAUGAUCGAAAGGGUCCGAAGAUUGAAUGAGGAGAAAGGCUAUGCUGUGGCCAUUAUGAUGGACACUGAAGGGUCUGAGAUUCACAUGGGAGACCUUGGUGGCGCUCCGUCCGACAAAGCCGAGGAUGGUGAGAUAUGGACAUUUAGCGUUCGAGCUUAUGAUUCUCCUCGUCCAGAACGCACCAUCAAUGUGAACUACGAUGGCUUUGCUGAAGAUGUGCAUGUUGGGGAUGAACUUCUUGUUGAUGGUGGAAUGGUGAGGUUUGAGGUAAUUGAAAAAAUUGGUCCAGAUGUCAAAUGUCGGUGUACUGAUCCCGGACUUAUGUUACCUCGGGCUAAUCUGACUUUUUGGCGCAAUGGGAGCUUGGUACGGGAACGUAAUGCCAUGCUCCCUACAAUUUCCUCCAAGGAUUGGCUGGACAUUGAUUUUGGGAUUGCAGAAGGUGUUGAUUUCAUUGCAAUAUCAUUUGUCAAGUCUGCUGAAGUGAUUACUCAUCUCAAAAGCUACAUUAAAGCACGGGCUCGUGAUGGAGAUGUUGCUGUGAUUGCAAAGAUAGAGAGUAUCGACUCAUUGAAGAAUUUGGAGGAGAUCAUUCAAGCAUCAGAUGGAGCCAUGGUAGCAAGAGGAGAUCUGGGUGCUCAGAUCCCAUUGGAACAGGUCCCGUCUGCACAGCAAAAGAUUGUUCAGCUUUGCAGGCAACUAAAUAAGCCAGUUAUUGUUGCCUCUCAGCUGCUUGAAUCUAUGAUUGAAUAUCCUACGCCUACAAGAGCUGAAGUUGCUGAUGUUUCUGAAGCAGUUAGACAACGAGCUGAUGCUUUAAUGCUUUCUGGUGAAUCAGCCAUGGGCCAGUUUCCUGAGAAGGCAUUAACUGUUUUGAGAAGUGUAAGUUUGAGAAUUGAGAAGUGGUGGAGGGAAGAGAAACGCCAUGAAGUUAUGGAACUCCCGGACAUAGCAUCUUCAUUUACAGACAGUAUUUCAGAAGAGAUUUGCAACUCUGCUGCAAAAAUGGCUAACAAUUUAGAGGUGGACGCUCUCUUUGUCUACACAAAGGAUGGGCAUAUGGCAUCUCUCCUAUCCCGUUGCCGACCCGAUUGCCCAAUUUUUGCUUUUACAACCACGACGUCAGUACGUAGACGUCUGAACCUUCAGUGGGGUCUGAUACCCUUCCGCCUGAGCUUCUCUGAUGAUAUGGAAAGCAACCUCAAUAAAACUUUUUACUUGCUUAAGGCCAGGGGAAUGAUCAAAUCAGGUGAUCUGGUCAUUGCAGUCUCCGACAUGUUGCAAUCCAUUCAAGUAAUGAACGUUCCAUGA